UUUGCGCACCGUCCAUCGUGAUGACGUCACUGUCUACAGUGUAGCCGUGUUACAGCAGUACGACGAUAACUAAAAACCGCACUUUGAAGCUCUUUAGUCGAGUUUGUGCUCGUUUACGUGUCUUAAAAUAUUUUCUGCAACAUGUUGUCUUUCGGUCUUUAUGAAUGCGCAUUAUAAAGCUAAUUAGCCUUGUAGCUAGCUUUAGCGGUUAGCAGCACAGAUUAGCUGGUGAUGCUAAGUUGUUAAAUAGCUAAACUACAUGAGUGCUUUUAAUGCAUUACUUACGGUCAUGUAUGGCGCUUCGUCGUGUUUGGAGAAUUGUUAACUUACUACAGAAAGAGCAGUCUAAACAAGUCGGGAUAACGGCAUUCCUGUUGUCACCUGCAGUGAUAUUAUGUUCCCUGUGUUGUUUUCUAACAGAAUGACGACAAUGACAGAGCCUGAACCCAUGGCGAAAAGACCAAAGGUUGGAAUUGGUGACCAAACACCUUUGUCAUCAAAACAAGAUUUACCAUUAUGCAUUCAAAGUGUAAAAACUGUGACAGUGAGUCAAGAAAAGAGAAAAGGCAUUGAUGAGAGAGCAAUAGAUGUGCACCCAAAGACUGAAUCAGGUGGCUUCAGAGGCAUAAAGACAAAGGGGUUCCAUCGCAGAAUCAGCCCUAGACAGCAGCAGACAUUCAGAAGCACUCUUGAACAGUGGCUGGUAAAGCCCUCCAAAAACCCAAGCCCAGCUGGAGUGUUCCAAACUGAAGAGGAUGUAGAAAUGAGCAAUGCCAAUACCUGUCACAGCACUUCAGGUCAUUCUCAGAGCUCUGAGAGUGCACAUUGUGUUAGUGAAAAGACUGAAGGUGCUGCUGAUUUAGACAUGGAUGAAAAAACCCAAUCCUUGACACCACAGCUCUUUGAGGAAGAUGAGCCUUUCCCAAUAGUUUCAGCUUCUAAGUGUUCUGCAGACAGUGGGAUGUGUCAGAAACUGUUUAGUAAUGAAGAUGGCAUAAAAAAACAAGAAUCUGAGAACUGCUCAGGAGGCUCUAACAGACGCGAUCACAAAAUAACAGACUUUUUUUCAGGGAUCUCAUCUUGGAGUAUACCUUUGAGCUGUGGUAGACAACUUAAAUCUGCAGAGAAACAGGAUGGAGGCAUUGAAUCGCAUCGUGCUGAUGUCAGACAUGAUGUCACAUGGCUGGGGACACCAAUCGGAGAGCUGAGGAGAAUGCCAGUGUGUGGCGCGCCACUUCCUCCGCUGAAGGAUACUCCUGGCAAACACACUGUACUAAUAAGGACAGACCUCCUUAAGAGUGGUAAAGUGCCUGUUCCAUAUCCCUCCAAAUUUCAGGACAGCUGGGAUGAUGUGCAUGUGAAGAUGCCCUGCUCCAGUAUGAACCUGUUUCCUGUAGUAGAUGAGGAAACAAAAGAACUCCAGAAGAGGAGCAGAUGGGAGUUGAUAAUGGAAACAUUGACUAAGAAAUUCACAAUUCCACAUGAGAUGAAGAGUGCCAUACUGAAAUAUAGUGCUUCAGCUGCAAAGAAAUGGGACUUCACAGCAUUGCAUCUGUACUGCACAAAGGUCCUGGAGCCUGAUGCUGCUGAACAUCUGUUUGGCUCCUUGCUGCCAGACAUGGUGCAAUUAGCACUGAGAGCAUCUGAGCUGUGCACUAAGCCAAUACCCCUCCUGAAGGUGGGGAUGAACCACUCCAUCACAAUGUCUCAGGAGCAGGUGGCGUGCCUGCUCGCUAACGCCUUCUUCUGCACUUUCCCUCGAAGAAACUCCAGAAGAACUGAAUACUGCAACUAUCCAGACAUAAACUUCUUCAGGCUGUUUGAAGGGGCCUCUGCAAAGAAGAUUGAGAAGAUCAAAACCCUGAUGUGCUAUUUCACAAGUGUCAUGGAGGAAAAGCCAAUUGGGCUCAUAACAUUCACACGAAGAAGUCUGGAUAGACCUGUCAAUUGGAAAAGCUCACAGUGUCAACUCACAAGGCUUCAUAUUGCAUGUGAAGGGACCAUUGAGGAUGAUGGCUAUGGAAUGCUUCAGGUGGAUUUUGCAAAUCAGUUUGUAGGAGGAGGGGUCACUAGUUCUGGUCUAGUUCAAGAGGAAAUCCGUUUCCUGAUCAACCCUGAGCUUAUUGUUUCCCGUUUGUUCACUGAAGCCCUGGAUCACAAUGAAUGCCUUGUCAUCACAGGUUCACAGCAGUACAGUAAAUACACUGGCUAUGCUCAGACCUACCAAUGGGGUGGGAGCCACCAGGACCCAACUCCAAGAGAUGCUUGGCAGAGAAGACACACAGAAAUUGUAGCCAUUGAUGCUCUGCGGUUCAAGACCUUUCUUGAACAGUUUCAUCCAGCAAGAAUCAACCGGGAACUCAAGAAGGCAUACUGUGGCUUUGCUCGGCCAGAUGAAAGAAGCGAAAACCUUUCAGCGGUGGCGACCGGAAACUGGGGAUGUGGGGUAUUUGGGGGAGACACACACCUGAAAGCUCUGCUCCAGAUGCUGGCAGCUGCCGAGGCGGGACGAGAUGUGGCCUAUUUCACCUUCGGUGACAGCCAGCUCAUGACAGAUGUCCACAACAUGCACCGUUUCCUCACUCAGAGGAGCGUCAGAGUCGGGGAGGUGUACGAUCUUUUGAUGCAGUACUACAGCUCUGUGUGUAAGAGCUGCCUCAGUCAGCGCCCUGACGUCAGCCUCUACUCCUUCAUCUACCAACAGGUCAGCUCCUCCUUGGCGCCCAAUGACUGUGAGGGGGGUUCGCCCAGUCAACAUGUCCCAACAGCUUGAUGUUAGGUUCUGGGGACUGAUGAGUCACAGUGCCUUUACUCGUAUAACAAUACAGUUAUGCAACCAGAAAUUUACUUUAGCUUUAUUUUUAAUUAACACUGGAAGCCCAACUUGAAAAUGCAGUGUGCAUAUUAUGGACAAAAAUAUCCCCAGUAGAGAAGGUGAUUAGUUUGGGCUGUGCGUGCCCCUGCUUUUACUGCUUCUGGUAAUAUGCCAGUAGAUUAAACUCCACUGCAGCACAGUCAGGGGUUUUAAUGGUGAAGCAAAGGUUGCCAUUCAUCUUCUGAGUUUGUCAUGUUCCCUUUUUUUACACCCACACAAUUCCAGCCUAAUUGAAUUGAAUGUCAGAAAUCACGUUAAAGGUAAAUAAAUAAAUAAAUAACCUGAUUUGGGAAGCUUGGAAAAGUCUCACGAAAGGGGUUUUUGCUGAAGGACAUUAAUAAUCUCUUUGGACAGAAAUUAAUCUGUUGCUCUUUAGUUGAAAUAAAUCUUAUUAGUUAAUUGUGUU